AUGAUGGUCCCGUUUGUCUCGCUGUUACUUCUCUUUGCGCCUGCAAUUGCCCAAGAGCUCGCACUCGCCCAGCGUGGGAAUACUAAUUGUACAGAUGUCCACAUCUUCCUGGCACGUGGAAACAACGAACCCUACCCCGGUCGCCAGUCUAAGCUUGUCGCCGCCAUUUGUGACGGACUGAGCAGCUGCGACUACGAGGAUAUCGCGUACUAUAAUCCCCUGGAAGCCCCGUACUGCGAGUCAGUAGUAGAAGGCGCAUCCAAUGGCAUCUCGCAGAUAACUGCCUACAAUGAGCGGUGCCCCCAAUCCAAUCUGGUCGUCAGCGGAUAUUCGCAGGGCGCUCAUGUUGUUGGCGAUGUGCUGGGUGGCGGGGGAGGAGUAUAUUUCCAAGGCUGUGUCCAAACCUCCAACGACGGGUUGGACCUUGAAAAGGCUCCCGGAAACAUGAUCCGCGCUGCUCUCCUGUUUGGAAAUACUCUUCAUACGGCAAAUCAGCCUUUCAAUUAUGAAAGCGGUUCUGGUGCUGAUGGCUUAUUCCCCCGAUCUGGCGAUAGACUCGCUGGCCUCAACAAGUUCGCCAGCGUGCUCCGGGACUACUGUGUCGCCUCGGACCCAAUAUGUGCUGGCGGUGACGUUGUGGCCAAUCAUCUUAAUUAUUUCGACAUUUAUUCAACAAACGCGGCAAACUGGGUUGUUGAAAAGCUGGGAUUGGAAGAUGGGUCUACAUCAACUACAAUGAGCACCAGCACCAGCACGAGCACCAGCAGUACCGCCAGUAGCAGCACCAGUAUCAGUAUAAGCAGCAGUACGUCUGAGGCCAGUUCCGCAUACGCCAGUGCCACGUCCUUCUCUGGAACCGCUUCGCAGACGGAAGAUACGACCGUUUCAGAGACAAAUAGCAGUACUGUUUCCGAAACGCAAGGCACAACCGACCAGACUACGCAACCUACAUCAUCUGAUUCACAAGACAGUGCUCCGGGAGAUUCUUCAGAUGGCAGCAGCUUGGUUUCCUUGAGCAGAAUCCCAAUGAGAUUAGUGUUAGGCUUUGGCAUAUUCACCUUUACAUGGUGA